CCUUGGGGACCGCACCUUUGUCCACGAAGGGGCUGUCUCGCGAGAACACCGGGAAGUUGCUAGUUACUGUUGCUAUGGGAGGGGCCGCGGGAAAGGCGGGCGGAGCUGACCCGGGAUGCUGCUGAGGGAUGCUGUGGCCUGGCACUUCAGACUUUUCGUUCAGAUGACGAACAGAUCUGUGUGGGAAGUUUGUCUCCGACUGACUAAAAUUCAAGAAUAUGACCCUUAGGCUAUCUCAUCUUAAGGAUGAGAAAAUAUGGAUUCCACAGGGGAAAAGCAGUUAGAGACGACUUGCAGGGUUUCCAUUUUGGCAAAAGCUCUGUUGUGGGUUUACUGCUGCCCAGUUUAGAGAACGCGGAGAGAGUUGAGAAGGCCAAGGCGACUGAAGGAUGGUGGUGGUGGUCUUGCUGGGGCUCGGCUGGUUCUGCGCCCCCCUGGGUGCUCUGGUUUUGGACUUCAACAACAUCAAGAGCUCUGCCGAUGUGCAUGGGGCUCGGAAGGGUUCACAGUGCCUGUCUGACAAGGACUGCAGUUCCAGAAAAUUCUGUCUCAAGCCUCAAGAUGAGAAGCCAUUCUGUGCUACGUGUCACGGGUUACGAAGAAGGUGCCAGCGUAAUGCCAUGUGCUGUCCUGGAGCAUUCUGCAUGAACGAUGUUUGUACUACAAUGGAAGAUGCAACCCCAACAUUGGAAAGGCAGAUCGAUGACCAAGAUGAUAUAGAAACAAAAGGAACAAUUGAGCAUCCAAUUCAGGAAAACAAACCCAAAAGAAACCCAAAUAUUAAGAAACCACAAGGCGGUAAGGGACAAGAGGGCGAAAGAUGCCUUAGAACUUUGGACUGUGGAGCUGGACUCUGCUGUGCUCGUCAUUUCUGGACUAAAAUUUGUAAGCCGGUCCUGUUGGAGGGACAGGUCUGCUCUAGGAGAGGGCACAAAAAUACUGCUCAGGCUCCAGAAAUCUUCCAGCGCUGUGAGUGUGGUCCCGGGCUAGUAUGUCGAAAUCAAGUGACCGGCAACCGACAACACGCACGGUUAAGAGUAUGCCAAAAGAUCUAAAAAGCUGUAAAGAUUUCAAAAUAAAGACAACUCCUUAUUGUAUUCAAACAGAAAUCUCAGACAUUAAUUAAAAAUCUGGGUGGCUCAGCUGGUUAAGUGUCCGACUCUUGGUUUCAGCUCAGCUUGUGAUCUCAUGACUGGC